AUGCAUCUUAACAAGAGCUGUCAAUCCCACCACAUUGCAAUGAGAUCAGACUACAAGUUCUCCAACUUGCUAGGAACUGUUUACAAGAAGGGAAAUCUAGUUUUUACAGAGGAUGGCACUAAACUAUUGUCUCCCGUGGGUAAUAGAGUUUCCUGCUUUGAUCUAAUAAGAUCCCAAUCUUUUACCUUCAGUUACCAACAUCGCAAGAACAUACAAUGCAUGGCACUAAACAAGCAGAAUACACUUUUGAUAUCCGUUGAUGAAGAUGGACGAGCAAUACUUUUGAACUUUGUUUCUCGAGUAGUGCUUUAUCAUUUCAACUUUAAAUCCCAGGUUAGUUCCGUCACAUUCAGUCCUUGUGGGAAGUACUUAGCCGUUGCAAUAGAAAGAUUUAUUCAGGUUUGGAAAACGCCUGAAUUUACCGAGGAUAGACAAUUUGCUCCAUUUGUGAGACACAGAGUUUAUCUGGGACAUUUUGACGAUGUAUUGAACAUCUCCUGGUCUCAAGACUCAAGAUUUUUUAUAAGUACAAGCAAAGACAUGUCUGCCAAAAUUUAUUCAAUAGAUUCAGAUGAGAGUAAUGUAGCCCGAACUUUUUCAGGACAUCGUGAUUAUGUCGUGAAUGCAUUUUUUAGCAAGGAUCAAGAAGUUAUUUACACAGUGAGUAAAGAUGGAGCAUUGUUUAAAUGGGAAUACACCGAAUCACAAGAGGAAGAAGAGGACGAGGACGAUGAACAGAGAAAUUCUAAAUUGGAUUGGAGGAUCACCUCAAAGAACUUUUUCUAUGCUAAUGGAAAACUUAAAUGUGCCACCUUUCAUGCUAAAUCUUCUUUAUUGGUCGUUGGAUUUUCAAAUGGAGAAUUCCGAGUCUACGAAAUCGGGGAUGGCUUUAAUCUAAUCCAACUGUUGAGCAUGGGUCAGAAUACUAUAAACACAGUGAACAUCAACAACACCGGGGAAUGGUUGGCAUUUGGGUCUUCAAAAUUGGGACAAUUACUAGUGUACGAAUGGCAAAGUGAAUCAUACAUUCUCAAACAACAAAGUCACUUUGAUUCAAUGAACACACUUUGCUAUUCACCAGAUGGAUCUCGAUUGGUCACAGGUUCAGAUGACGGAAGGUUAAAAGUAUGGGAUAUCGCAUCCGGAUUUUGUUUGAUGACAUUUACUGAACAUUCAGCACCUGUGACUCAAGUCCAGUUUGCGAAAAAGGGUCAAGUAUUGUUCUCCUCAUCGUUAGAUGGUACAAUUCGAGCAUUUGAUUUGAUCAGGUUUAGAAACUUUAGAACAUUCACUGCUACAUCUAGAAUCCAGUUCAACUGUGUUGCUGUUGAUCCGAGUGGGGAAGUUGUUGUCGGAGGCUCUCAAGAUAGCUUUGAGAUUUAUGUUUGGUCAGUACAAACCGGGAAUCUAUUAGAUUCCUUGACUGGUCAUGAGGGACCAGUUUCAUGCCUAUCUUUUGGCCAAGAGAAUUCAGUUCUUGCUUCCGCAUCCUGGGAUGAAACGGUUCGAAUUUGGAAUAUAUUUUCUAGGAACCAGACUGUCGAACCAAUCGAAGUGCAAAGUGACGUUCUAAGUAUCAGCAUGAGACCGGAUUGUAAGGAAUUGGCUGUUUCAACCUUGGAUGGACAUAUUUCAAUUUAUGACAUUGAAGAUGCCAAGCAAUUGCACUUGUUGGAUGGAAGAAAAGAUAUAAUCAAUGGCAGGUAUCUUGAAGAUAGGUUUGUCAGCAAGAAUUCAAAUCGUGGUAAAUACUUUAGUACAAUUGCUUAUUCCUUUGACGGUUUGACGUUAUUGGCCGCUGGAAAUAACAACUCCAUUUGCAUGUACGAUAUCGACAGCGAAGUUUUGUUGAAGAGAUUUAUUGUAUCAGAAAAUAUGUCAAUUGAUGGUACUCUACAAUUCUUGAAUAGUCGAAAAAUCACAGACUCCGGUAUCAACUCAGACUUGAUAGAUAGAAAUGGUGAAAAUAGUGAUUUGGAAGAUCGUCUUGAUAAUACGUUACCAGGAGCACUGAGAGGAGGGGAUCCUAGUGAGCGUAGAACAAGACCAGAGAUUAAAGUCACCUCGAUUCAAUUUUCACCAACCACGUCUUCAUUUGCCGCGGCAACAACAGAGGGAUUGUUGAUAUACUCUGUAAAUCAAGACUUAGUUUUCGACCCUUUCGAUUUGGACAUAGAUGUUACUCCAGAGUCUGCAUUGGAAACGCUAAACGAGAAAGAUUAUUUAAUUGCAUUGGUUAUGGCAUUGAGAUUGAAUGAGAGUUAUUUGAUCCACCAAAUCUUGGAAAGUGUUCCUUUGGCAGACAUCAAACUCGUGUGUCUGGAUAUUCCCGAAAUAUAUGUCGACCGAGUUCUUCAUUUUAUUGGGGAGCUAUUAAUUAAACAAGACUCCCCUCAUAUUGAAUUCUAUUUGAUUUGGAUCAAGUGUAUUUUGAUUCUGCAUGGAAGGUUUAUUUCUGCGCACAAAUUUGAAUUUCGAUCUUCGUUGAAGUUGUUGUCUAGGUACUUGAAUAAAGUGGCAAAGGAAGUGGUAAAGGUGGGAAAAAAGAACGAGUUUUUGGUGACUUUUUUGAGUAUGAGCAAUAACUUAACUGAAGAAGAGUUGAAACUAAAUGAUGAGUUGGAACUAGAUGAAGAAGAGAGUGAUGAAAAUGAUGAGAGUGAGAUCGAUUCUGAUGAUGAUACAGGCUGGGUGAAACCAGAUGCAAAGUUUGUUGCAGGAAAAGAUGCAUUUGCAAAUGAUGAUAGUGAUAGCGACGACGAGAUGAUAGAGGUGUAG